AUGGCCUCUCAAGACACCCCACCAUUCCACUGGCACUACUCCGAAUUCGACGACAGCAACUUCCAAAUCCGCGGCCGCACCUUCUUCUACGCCGUCGUACUUUUCUCUAUGCUCCUCCUCCUCAUCACCCUCCUCAUCCUCUACACCCGCUGGGUCCGCCGCUCCGCCGCCGCAGAUGCUCAAGCGCCGCCGCCGUCUCCUCCUCCUCCUCCGCCUCAAGGACUCGACACAUCCACAAUUAACAGCUUCCCAAUCAUAUUGCACGAUUCAACCACAACAAAUGUCGGCGAGUCCGAGUGCUGUAUAUGCCUCGGAGUAUUCGAAGAUGGUGACAAAGUCAGAGUGCUGCCAAUGUGCCGCCAUUGCUAUCACUCCGAGUGUGUCGACAAGUGGCUCGCUUCUCGCUCCAGUUGCCCUCUCUGCCGCUCUUCUCUCCUAGUCGACUCUCCUGUUUGA